AUGUCCAACUCGAUUCAAACCAUCAUCAUUCUUUACGCUUCACAAUCUGGCACAUCGGAAUAUUUAUCAAAUCAAUUAUAUGAAAAUUUGAAAUCUAAAUUAUCUUCUCUCACCAUCAAGUGUGAUUCUAUUGAGAAUUUCGAGCAAUAUCUUUCUCAAUCCUAUCUUCAACAUCCAACUUUAUAUUUAUUUGUGAUUAGUACUUCACUGGAGGGAUCUCCACCUUCAUCCAUGAGUGAUUUUUCUGAUUAUACAUCCACUCAAAAGGCUAUUUCAGUAUUUACGAGUCCUAACUUUGAAUAUUCAAUUUUCGGAAAUGGAAAUUCAAAUUAUGAAGACACCUAUCAACAAGCCUCAAGGCAAUUCAAAGAAUUAUUAAAAUCUAAAUUCAAUAGAAAUCCAUUGAUUGAAUGUAGAGAAGGCGAUCAAUCGGAAGGAAAUGUAGAAGUUGAAUGCGAAGAAUGGGAAACUGAUAUUAUUAAUUAUUUCAAGAGCCUUGAAUGA